AUGGCACGGCCCGAGACGGGCUCUGAGAAAGACCCUAUCCCGUCGAUAGAACCCGUAUCUGAUGUCGAGUCUACAUUGCCGCGUGAUGCCACGGACGAAGAGGUACACACUUUGCCACGAGUGGUCGAUCGGAUCCCCAUCGCUGCUUGGGCCGCGGCACUGGUAGGCGCUGCUGAAAGAUUCAGUUAUUAUUCGACCGUUUCUAUUUGGCAAAACUACAUGCAGAAUGAGCGCAACUCUCGUGCCAUUCCCGGGGCACUUGGACUUGGCCAAUCCACUGCUACGGCCAUAUCCAACAGCUUCUUUGUAUUCUCCUUUGUGACGCCCAUGAUGUUUGCCAUAGCGUCGGAUGCUUGGCUAGGCCGGUAUAAGACCUUGGUAGUGGCUUUUUGUCUAUUGAUAUGCGGAACAUUUGUCAUGUUUGCAACGUCUCUUCCGGUGGCAUUGGACAACAACGGCGGAGUUCCAGGCUUGGCGGUUGCCAUGAUCUUGAUAGCACUCGGAAUAGGGGGGAUCAAGUCAACAAUAACACCUUUUAUCGGUGACCAAUAUAAACACAAGAAGCCCCAGCUUAUUCGGCAGAAGAAUGGGGAGUUGGCCGUAAUUGACGGUUCACGCACCAUUCAGUUUCUCUACAACGCAUUUUACUGGCUCACCAACAUAGCUUCCCUAUCCUCCAUACCGGCCACAUUCCUCGAGCAUGAGUUUGACUUCUGGACGGCCUACCUUAUGUCCGCCGUCUCGCUUGUCAUCUGCUUGGUAAUGCUGCUGAGUUUGGAAUCCAAGUUUAUCAAGGUCGUCCCUCACGAAAAUGUGCUUCCAAAGGCCAUCAAGGCCCUAAGCAUGGCGGCGCGGAACGGGUUCAAGUUGGACCACGCGAAGGAGGCCUACCAGCAGCAAAAGCACGGGCAUGGCGUGCCCUGGGACGACAGCUUCAUCAGCGAGCUCAAAACGGGACUGACCGCAUGCCGGGUCAUCUUCUCCUUCGCCUUCUUCUACCUCUCCAUCACCCAGAUGUACAACAACCUGAUCUCCCAAGCCGGCCAGAUGAACCUGCACGGCGUGCCCAACGACAUGAUCCAAGCCAUGGCGGGCGUCGCGUGCGUCAUCUUCGGCCCCGUCAUCCAGGCGCUCUACAACCUGCUCGCCCGGCGACGCAUCAGCUUCGGGCCCAUCGCGCGCAUCUCCACCGCCUUCCUGAUCUGCGGCGGCGGCAUGGCCUACGCCGCGGGCCUGCAGCGGCUGAUCUACAACACGGGGCCGUGCUACGACGCGCCGCUGGCGUGCGCGGCGUCGGAUGGCGGCCGCCGCCCCAACGAUGUCAAUGUCUGGGUCCAGCUGCCCGUGUAUGUCGCGCUGGCGAUCGCCGAGAUCUUUGGGCUGGUUACGGCUAGCGAGUACUCGUAUGAGAAGGCCCCGCGUGGUAUGCGGAGUGUGGUGCAGGCGAUGGUGCAGCUCAGUGCUGGGGUGGGUGCCCUGCUGGGUAUGGCCAUCAGCCCGGCGGCCCGUGACCCCUUCCUGGUGGCCGUGUAUGCGGCGUUGGCGGGUGUUAUGGCGGUGUGCUCGCUGUUGUUUUGGUGCUUCUUCCGCAAGUACGACAAGAUCAAUGAUCAGCUGAAUCGGACGAUCGAAGAGACGCAGGGGACGAGCAACUGAAAGGGGGGACAGGGAUGGGUGAGUCGAGCAAUGUUGAGUAAUAGAUAGAUAAGACAUAGAUGAAGACUGUGGAUCAUUCCGAGGGAUCCCUUAGAAUGUAAGCUUUUAUCAGAGGUAUACACCGGGUUCUUAUCCCGCUCAGCUUCAUCCACGGGAUCUCUGCGUG